AUGAAUAUUGCCUUAUAUGGAACAGGCGCCAAAGCGGCGGCCACUUUCAAGUGUCUCGACUCACGCAUGCUGUGGGCGUCAGUGCGAUCGUUUCCGUUUGACCGUAAAUUGGUGGCCCAAAGUACCGAACUGUGUGGAUACGAAGAAUCGCCAGACUACAAGCGAACCGACGCCCUCUCCGCCGUGUACGAUCCGGCGUUCGUACUCCCCACCGUCUACCAAGCACUGCUGUCCAGUGAUGACGUCGACAUUCGUAAACUCAUUGAGAGUCAUGUGGUUGGCUACUGUGUGUCGUCACUGUCGUCACGUGACGUGCACGUGCGCAUUGCGGGGUCGGCAGUCCUGCGACAUCUGUUUGACAACCAUUUCAAACACUCGAGUUUCCGCGAACAGAGCCAGGUGCAGUACCUGCUGAGUGUGUUCAGAGACGGCAUCGAAAGCAACGAUCAACGAGUGCCUACUAUCAUGACCGUGUUUGUGAGCGAAGCUCUGCUGGUACUCAUUGCCCCUGACCAUGCUAUGUAUGCAACAGUGAAUAAAUUCAUUCUGCAAAGACCCUAUCUGCCCCUGGAUGACGUCCCCUUGUUCUACAACAUGCUUCUUAGUGGUGAUGACACAAGCAUAGCACAACAGAACUGGAUGCUGCGGUGGGUGACAUUUGGUUUGGUAGAUGAAUCCGAUUGGGCGCUGUACAAAAGACGUCACGUGGGCGAAUUGCUGCUGAGUAUGAGCGAGUCCCGACUCAGCGACAAAACCACACGCCAGUUGGUGUCCGAGUUCUUCCUCGCAGCGGUGCACAUCCCUGGCGUAGCCAAUGAGCUGUUCCGAAGCGCAGGCCUAGUCACGUGGUUGUUCACUCGUGCUAGUCUGAGUGCGUUUGAUUUGGCACCCAUACACCGACCGGGUGUACCGUUUGAUAUGCCCACGUACUGUCGUAGUGAGGCUGGCGAUGAGUUUGAAGACACACUGCAGAUGGCCGUGUUGCUAUGGCAACGUAUCGACGCACGCUCACGGCAGUGGCCGUUGGUACGCGAGACUUAUCAGGCGUUGCUGGAGAGGGCUUUCCGAUGGAUCAACGUUAAUAGCCAGGCCAUGGGUGAGGGCGAAUGCGUAAACCGUUGCACAAUACUCUUAGUCGCACUCGCACACCUCACAGACAACGAAGAUAUACAACCACACACGCACACACACACAAAGACCAGCACUCUCUCGGAUACACACACCUCCACACAGAAGACACACACACACAACACCGUACACACGCGAACGAAGGACCCCGGCGGUACACCGGCACGCCCAUCGGCACUCGACGCCACCACUCCCAGUCCAAUCUCCAUAAAGCCAUCGGUGAUGGAGAGCUUUGUACGCACGUGUAUACUGUUUGGGGUAGUGCAACCACACACACAGAGUGGUGGGGAACGGGUGGACUACACCCACGCACCGAACAUGCACAGGCUCGUGCGGGUGGUGUGUGUGGCGGCGCUCGAUAAUUGCCCACUUUUGAGUGGUGGUGGGGGGUCUAGUGGUAUCCGGAAUGCCGAAAUCGAGUCCGUUAUUUGGCUCAUCCAGUUCUGUGUGUCCGCGUUGAGUGUGGGCGAAGACAUUUCAUUGAACAGUGGUAGGAGUGCGCUCACGCUCGCGACCAAUGAAAGGGCGAGAUCUAUAAAUAGAAUGUCUGGGUCUAUUGAUUUCCUGGUGGAAUCUGUGCUGGGGCUGGUGGCGCGCAGAGGGGCGAUGGGGCGAGCGAUCCGAUUGUCACUGACUGACAUUGAGACGGGACCUUCUAAGAUGCUUUGUCGGGCACGUACCAAUGCUAAUCAAUGGUACUCCUUUUGUUAUGACAGUGGACUUUAUACGGAGCUGAAGAGUGAGCUCUCGCGCCUUCAGUCAGGCUCAGGUGCUUCGCCUGAGGCGGGUGUGGUUGCCUUGGCAACGGCGGUGCAGCUACAAAAUCUAUGGCAGAAAUCCCUCGGUAGCGAUGACGUACUCUGCACGGCCUGA